CUGGCACGGCUCCGGAUCGGCGUGCGCAGCGCCGCAAAGGGGCCGGCGUCCCUCCUAAUUGAAUUAUCCGAGUGCAAAAACAGGCAUCAGACGGGAUUCAUGUCAGACUUGCCCCAGAGCGUCCAGGCCGGCCGGCCACUGCAGCGGUCAGACACGGUCUCUGGUUAUUCAGGGAGGAGAUGGGCGCAAUGUGUUGCUUUCUGCCAUCAUGAUGGAAUCUCUGGAUCAGUGAAGGAGGUGACAGCCAGACCUGGAGAGAACAUCACCCUCUAUUGUGACUGCAAUAAGUCGACUGGGGUAUACAUAGUGUGGUUCAGGAAUUGUUCUCAUGAAAACCAGCCAACUCUUGUCCUAAACAGUCGUCUCAGCUGGUCUCAGCAAUGUCCACGAUUUAUAUUCAUCAAAAACUCUACUUCCUAUGACCUGCUGAUCACAAAUAUCACUGAUUCUGAUGAAGGGGUUUACUACUGUGGAACUAAGGAGACGAAAGUGGAAGAAAUAAAAAAAAUUACAUCAAGAGAUAUCUACAGGUACAGCAACAUCACAACAAGGCUCACCGUCAAGCCCAGUUGGCUUCACGUUGACGGUAAUAAGACGCAGCAGCACGGCCAUUUGGACUGCAAUUUCCACCGCGAUGUGAACUGGAAACUCCUCUUCUUUCUGUGCCUGUCUUUCGCUUUUGUCUUUGCUCUCUUCUCCUCUCUUCUGGUUUACAAGCUCUGCCGGAAAACAGUGGAAGAUACACAAGAUAAUGAAAAACUAAGGGCCGUCACAAGAAAGCCAAGAGAGGGUGAAGACGUGUGUUAUGCAGCCCUGGAAAUCCGUCAGGCAUCACAGAGACCAAAGAGGAAGAGCACCGCCAAAAGUUCAGACUUCUGCACAUACUCUGCCAUCAAUACUUCUCGGGUGUAA